AUAAGUAGCAUAAGUUAUUUUGGAUGCUAAACUAAUAGUUGAUUUGCCAUGGCAACAAGGGCAGUCUUAAUUUUCUUACUUUUUGUUCAUUGUUCGUAUGCCAUAUAUUUCCAUGUUGGUGAGAAAGAAAAGAAAUGUUUCAUAGAAGAGCUACCAGAAGACACAAUGGUGACUGGAAAGUACAAAGCGCAACUCUGGGAUAAGCGUUCUAAUCAAUAUCUUGAUUCAACCCCAGGAAUGGGUAUGCAUGUUGAAAUAAAAGAUCCAGAAAGUAAAGUUUUGCUUUCAAAAAGCUAUGGGUCUGAAGGAGCUUUUACAUUCACUUCCCACACACCUGGUGAACAUCAAAUUUGCAUUCACUCUAAUUCAACUAAAUGGUCUUUAUUUGCUGGUGGAAGGAUUCGCGUUCAUCUUGAUAUCCAAGUUGGGGAGAACACCAAUGAUUACAGUCAGAUUGCAGCAAAAGACAAACUGACUGAACUUCAACUUCGUGUUCGUCAACUUCUUGAUCAAGUUCAACAGAUCCAGAAAGAGCAAAACUACCAACGGUACAGAGAAGAAAGGUUCAGACAGACAAGUGAAAACACCAAUGCCAGAGUUCUAUGGUGGUCACUUGCACAGAGUGCAGUGCUGGUCAUUGCUGGUAUCUGGCAGAUGCGUCAUUUGAAAGGAUUUUUUGAAGCAAAAAAGUUGGCUAUGGGUCGAAGGAGCUUGGACAUUCACUUCCCACACACCUGUGAACAUCANAUUUGCAUUCACUCUAAUUCAACUAAAUGGUCUUUAUUUGCUGGUGGAAGGAUUCGCGUUCAUCUUGAUAUCCAAGUUGGGGAGAACACCAAUGAUUACAGUCAGAUUGCAGCAAAAGACAAACUGACUGAACUUCAACUUCGUGUUCGUCAACUUCUUGAUCAAGUUCAACAGAUCCAGAAAGAGCAAAACUACCAACGGUACAGAGAAGAAAGGUUCAGACAGACAAGUGAAAACACCAAUGCCAGAGUUCUAUGGUGGUCACUUGCACAGAGUGCAGUGCUGGUCAUUGCUGGUAUCUGGCAGAUGCGUCAUUUGAAAGGAUUUUUUGAAGCAAAAAAGUUGGUGUAA